AUGGAUAAUAACUUAAAAGACCAAGCCGAUAACAACAAUCAGCAAGUAGUUUCAACAAGUGGCUUAGACCGAAAGACUGAAGACAAGGGUACCAACCCAAUUCUCAAUAACACGCAACAAAAAGAACCUAAAACAAAUCCUCAAGCUGGAAGCCUUUUACAAACGACUCUUCAAAAAAUGUUUCAUAUAGAACCGGCUGCAGAUAAACCAAGAAUUCCCAAAAGUUCGAAAAAUUCAUCUACUACCAGUUCCGAGUCUGAAGAUGAAAGAACCGAAAAAAAUCAUAAUGCUCGACCCACUUCAAAACUACGUUUUCAAAAACUCAAUACGGGAUCGCAUGUUCACAAUUUACAACUAAAAAAAUUUCGUAUUAAUAAUUUCUUGAAAGAACUCGGUAUUCAUGGACAUCAUCCAAUGGAUGAUAAAUCACAUGACGAGGCAAAAAAGAAACAUAAUUCAGAUGGUUCCUUGUCGGAAAAAUAUGGGAAGCCCCAAGAGGUCGUUGGUAAAGGCGCAUUUGGCAUUGUUCGUGUUGCUCACAAAACAGAACCAAAAGUACCAGGUGAAAAACUUUUUGCUGAAUUCAAAAAACGCCAUAACGAACCUUCAAAAAGAUUUAUGAAACGUUUAACAUCGGAAUUUUGUAUUUCCUCUUCCCUUCACCAUAUCAAUGUAAUUGACACAAUAGACUUACUUCAGGAUACCCAGGGAAACUAUUGCGAAGUUAUGGAAUAUUGUGCUGGCGGUGAUUUAUAUUCCUUGAUUAUUUCUUCAGGUGGCUUAGAACAAAAUGAAGCAGGGUGUUUCUUUGGUCAAUUAAUUAAUGGGGUUAAAUAUUUGCAUGAAAAUGGUGUCGCUCAUCGUGACCUUAAACCUGAAAAUCUUCUUUUAACCUCGACUGGAUGUCUCAAAAUCACUGAUUUCGGAAAUUCUGAAUGUUUCCGGAUGGCAUGGGAGACACAACCUCAUUUAUCACGUGGGGUUUGCGGUAGUGAACCUUACAUUGCUCCCGAAGAGUUUACUGGUAAUUGGUUUGAUCCAAGACUUGUGGAUGUUUGGGCUUGCGGAAUCAUUUACAUGGGAAUGCUCACUGGUAGACAUCUUUGGCGCAUCGCCAAAGUUCACGAAGAUUUUAAUUACAAAUAUUACCUAGAAUCAAGACUUUAUGGCGGGGGUCUUUUACCUCCUUUCCAAAGAUUAAGUGAUAGUGGACGUCGCGUAGUGUCCAAGAUAAUAGAACCAGAUCCUAAAUUGCGUAUCACUGCCGAGCAAAUUACUGAGGAUCCUUGGUUCUUACAACUUGAUAUUUGCCACAGACCACAAACAAAAAAUGCUCACUUACCCACAAAUACAAUGUGUGGUAUAAAUGCUACAAACCAGCAACCGACAAAUAUGAACAAAUUAACUAUCAUAAACAUG